AUGAGACCACCACGUGGCGGCGGAGGCUUCAGAGGAAGGGGAGGAAGAGAUAACGGCGGACGCGGAGGAGGUGGCCGUUCUUUUGGUGGCGGCGGUCGUGGAGGUGGCCGCUUUGGUGGUCGUGACGAAGGACCUCCCAGCGAAGUCGUUGAAGUUGCGACCUUUCUCCGUGCUUGUGAGGGUGAAGCUGUGACCAAGCUCACGCAUGAGAAAAUCCCCCAUUUUAAUGCCGCUAUCUACCUGCAAAACAAGACGCAGAUUGGGAGAGUAGAUGAGAUCUUUGGUCCGAUUAAUGAAUCUCUGUUUUCUAUCAAAAUGAUGGACGGUAUCGUAGCUACCUCGUAUAAUGAAGGCGAUAAGUUCUACAUCGACCCUUACAAGCUUUUACCUCUGGCAAGAUUCCUUCCUCAACCAAAGGGACAAUCCGCGGGAGGCCGUGGUCGUGGGGAAGGAAGAGGCAGAGGCCCUCCGGGUCGUGGCAGAGGAGGCCCUCCCGGUCGUGGCAGAGGAGGCCCUCCGGGUCGUGGCAGAGGUCCUCCGAGGGGUCGUGGAGGAUUUUCCAGAGGCCGAGGGAGAGGAUACUAA